GAGAGAGAGAGAGAGAGAGAGAGAGUGUGUGUGUGUGUGUGUGAAGUCUGUGGUUUUGCUGAUAAAAGCUGACGAAUUUUUGCAAAUGUCACAAGAUUCUCAGGGGAUAAAGACCAUUGAGCAGUGGAGAUGGUCAGAUAUGCAAGGCCUUGAGCUUGUAACUGACCCUCCUCCUCUUCCUACUUCUUCUUCUUCGUCAUCUAACCCAUCUAACACCAACCCAACAACAACAACAACAACAAGAAGUGGUAAAGAGACAAGACAAGGUCAAGCAAUGGAGAACUCAAGUGAGCCAACUACUACAACAACAACAACGAAGCAGGAGUCUAAUGGUGGCGGUGAGAAGCCUGAGGCUGUUCCAACAGUUGGGUUCGGUCAAGUGUUUAGAUUCGCUGAUGGGUUGGAUUACGUUCUGAUGGGAAUUGGGUCUGUUGGAGCAAUCGUGCAUGGUUGUUCUCUGCCCAUCUUUCUUCGGUUCUUUGCUGAUCUCGUGAACUCUUUCGGCGCAAAUGCCAAUGACCCGGACAAGAUGAUGCAAGAGGUCUUGAAGUAUGCAUUGUACUUUCUUGUUGUGGGAGCUGCAAUAUGGGCUUCUUCAUGGGCAGAGAUAUCGUGUUGGAUGUGGACCGGAGAAAGGCAAUCGACCAAGAUGAGGAUCAAGUACCUUGAAGCUGCUUUGAGCCAGGACAUUGAGUUUUUCGAUACAGAGGUUCGAACCUCUGAUGUUGUUUCUGCCAUCAACUCUGAUACUGUGAUUGUUCAAGACGCCAUUAGCGAGAAGUUGGGGAAUUUAAUCCACUACAUGGCCACAUUUGUGUCUGGAUUUGUGGUGGGUUUCACUGCUGUGUGGCAAUUAGCUCUUGUGACUCUAGCAGUGGUGCCUCUGAUAGCUGUGAUAGGAGCUAUUCACAUGUCCACAUUAGCCAAACUCUCGGGGAAGAGCCAAGAGGCUCUUUCACAAGCAGGACAUACUGUAGAACAGACUGUAGGUCAAAUUCGAGUUGUCAUGUCGUAUGUGGGGGAAUCAAGAGCACUAGAAGUAUACUCCAAAGCUUUGAGAAUUUCCCAGAAGCUUGGUUACAGGAGUGGAAUUGCUAAAGGAAUGGGACUUGGAGCAACUUACUUUGUAGUUUUCUGCUGUUAUGCACUUCUUCUAUGGUAUGGGGGUUAUCUUGUUAGGCACCACUUCACCAAUGGAGGUCUCGCUAUAUCCACCAUGUUUUCAGUCAUGAUAGGUGGACUGGCUUUGGGACAAUCUGCUCCAAGCAUGGGCGCAUUUGCAAAGGCUAAAGUUGCAGCUGCAAAGAUAUUUCGGAUUAUUGACCACAAGCCGGGCAUGGACCGAAACGGUGAAGCAGGGGUGGAAUUGCAGUCUGUUACAGGACUAGUGGAGCUCAAGAAUGUGGAUUUCUCCUACCCUUCAAGGCAGGAUGUUCGCAUUCUCAACAAUUUCUCUUUAAAUGUUCCAGCCGGAAAGACCAUUGCUUUGGUUGGUAGUAGUGGCUCUGGUAAGAGCACUGUGGUCUCCCUCAUUGAGAGAUUUUAUGAUCCCUCCUCAGGACAAGUACUGCUAGAUGGAUAUGACAUAAAGACAUUGAAAUUACAGUGGCUAAGGCAACAGAUAGGGCUUGUGAGCCAAGAACCUGCUCUGUUUGCUACAACCAUUAAAGAGAAUAUACUUUUGGGGAGACCUGACGCAGACCAAGUUGAGAUUGAAGAAGCUGCCAGAGUUGCCAAUGCUCAUUCAUUCAUUGUCAAACUUCCUGAUGGUUUUGAUACUCAGGUAGGGGAGAGAGGAGUCCAACUGUCUGGAGGACAGAAGCAGAGGAUAGCCAUAGCAAGGGCAAUGCUAAAAAACCCAGCAAUCCUUCUCUUAGAUGAGGCAACAAGUGCAUUGGACUCUGAGUCUGAGAAACUGGUGCAAGAAGCCCUGGACCGGUUUAUGAUAGGCAGGACAACACUUGUCAUUGCUCACCGCCUCUCAACCAUUCGCAAGGCUGACCUUGUAGCUGUACUCCAGCAGGGAAGUGUUUCUGAAAUUGGAACCCAUGAUGAACUCUUUUCUAAAGGAGAAAAUGGUGUUUACGCCAAACUCAUUAGAAUGCAAGAGGCAGCUCAUGAAACCUCCCUCAACAAUGCCAGAAAGAGUAGUGCCAGGCCUUCUAGUGCAAGAAACUCCGUUAGCUCACCAAUAAUCACUAGAAAUUCUUCAUAUGGUCGAUCACCAUACUCGCGCAGGCUCUCAGACUUCUCUACAUCUGAUUUUAGUCUCUCCCUUGAUGCCACAUACCCUAAUUAUCGUCUAGAAAAGCUUGCCUUCAAAGAGCAAGCCAGUUCCUUCUGGCGCCUUGCCAAGAUGAACUCUCCUGAAUGGGUCUAUGCAUUAGUUGGAUCAAUUGGCUCUGUUGUUUGUGGUUCUCUAAGUGCUUUCUUUGCUUAUGUUCUGAGUGCCGUCCUCAGUGUCUACUACAACCCAGGCCAUGCUUUCAUGAUCAAGCAAAUUAAUAAGUACUGUUAUUUGUUGAUUGGACUUUCGUCAGCUGCCCUAAUAUUCAACACGUUACAACAUUCUUUCUGGGAUAUUGUGGGCGAGAAUCUUACAAAACGUGUGAGGGAAAAAAUGCUGGCAGCAGUGUUGAAAAAUGAAAUGGCAUGGUUUGAUCAGGAGGAAAAUGAGAGUGCCAGGAUUGCAGCAAGGCUGGCCCUUGAUGCCAACAAUGUCAGAUCAGCCAUUGGGGACAGGAUUUCUGUUAUUGUACAGAACACAGCACUCAUGCUAGUUGCUUGCACUGCAGGAUUUGUUUUGCAAUGGCGCCUUGCCCUUGUCCUUGUAGCUGUCUUCCCUGUUGUUGUUGCAGCCACAGUUUUGCAGAAAAUGUUCAUGACUGGUUUCUCCGGAGACCUUGAAGCUGCACAUGCCAAGUCCACCCAACUAGCUGGGGAGGCUAUAGCCAAUGUAAGGACAGUUGCUGCAUUCAACUCCGAGGAAAAGAUUGUUGGUCUCUUUUCCUCCAACCUGCAGAUUCCCUUGCGUCGGUGUUUUUGGAAGGGUCAGAUUGCUGGAAGUGGAUUUGGGAUAGCUCAGUUUGCACUUUAUGGUUCGUAUGCUAUAGGUCUUUGGUAUGCUUCCUGGCUUGUAAAGCAUGGAAUCUCUGAUUUCUCAAAGACUAUCCGAGUUUUCAUGGUCCUCAUGGUAUCUGCUAAUGGUGCAGCAGAGACAUUAACCUUGGCUCCUGAUUUUAUUAAGGGUGGUCGAGCUAUGCAAUCAGUUUUUGAGCUCCUUGACCGCAAAACUGAAAUUGAACCUGAUGAUAUUGAUGCUACUGCAGUGCCUGAUCGUCUGCGUGGAGAAGUUGAGUUUAAGCAUGUAGACUUUUCAUAUCCUUCUCGACCUGAUGUUCCUGUGUUUCGUGAUCUCUCCCUCCGUGUCCGUGCAGGCAAGACUCUUGCUCUUGUAGGUCCUAGUGGGUGUGGAAAGAGCUCAGUCAUUUCAUUAGUACAGCGGUUUUAUGACCCAACAUCAGGAAGAGUUAUUGUUGAUGGAAAGGAUAUCCGCAAAUACAAUCUCAAGUCUCUCAGAAGGCACAUUGCUGUGGUUCCCCAGGAGCCAUGCCUCUUUGCUACAACUAUAUAUGAAAAUAUCGCUUAUGGACAUGAAUCGGCAACUGAAGCUGAGAUCAUUGAAGCUGCUAAUCUAGCCAAUGCUCACAAGUUCGUAUCUGCAUUGCCGGAAGGCUACAAAACAUUUGUUGGGGAGAGGGGGAUACAAUUAUCUGGAGGACAGAAACAGAGGAUUGCUAUUGCCAGGGCUUUACUGAGGAAGGCAGACAUUAUGCUUCUCGAUGAAGCAACUAGUGCACUUGAUGCCGAGUCUGAAAGAUCUAUUCAAGAAGCUCUAGAGCGCGCUUGUUCAGGGAAAACCACACUUGUGGUUGCACACAGACUAGCAACUAUUAGAAAUGCCAAUGUCAUUGCAGUCAUUGAUGAUGGAAAAGUGGCAGAGCAAGGAUCACACAACCACCUAUUGAAAAACUACCCGGACGGGUGUUACGCACGCAUGAUACAGCUACAAAGGUUUUCACACAGUCAAGCCAUUGGAAUAGCAUCAGGUUCAAGUUCUUCCGUAAAACCAAGGGAUGACGAAGAAGGAGAAGGCAAGUAAGGACUAAGUUGAAGCCAUAUACCAUUAAAGAGGAGUAUAUCCCCAUAUACCCCUUUUCUAAUUUUUUUGGGUCUUUUGUAUUUUGUUAUUUUGGUGUAGUAUGUGUAUUAUCUCUCUUCCCCCCUAGUUUUCAUAUAUAUGUCUACUUUAUGAACCCAUGAAGAAAUUGAUAAUGACAAAUACCAGUUGAGAUUGAAAUAGAUACCCAACAUUUCAUCUAUGCUUU